UCUCAGGGUGCAUGGUACGGCCGGACCGAGGCAGCUGAGCGACUGAGGAUGGAAAAUGUACUAUAAACGUUUUCAAGGAAACCGAUACAGAUUGCUGUGAAUCUAUGAGUGAAGAUGGCGUUCUUUCAGAACAACUUCUGGGGGGAGAAGAAUGCCGGCUUUGACGUGCUCUAUCACAACAUGAAGCAUGGCCAGCUGGCUACUAAGGAGCUGGCCGAGUUUGUCAGAGAGAGGGCUGCCAUUGAGGAGACCUACUCCAAAUCUAUGAGCAAACUGGCCAAGAUGGCAAGUAAUGGAAGUCCACAGGGGACGUUUGCUCCCAUGUGGGAUGUGUUCAGGGUGUCCUCAGACAAACUGGCCCUCUGCCACCUGGAGCUGAUGAGGAAGAUGAAUGAUCUGAUCCGUGACAUCAACAAGUACGGAGAUGAGCAGGUCAAAAUUCACCGCAAGACCAAGGAGGAGGUGGUUGGGACUCUGGAGGCGGUGCAGGCGCUGCAGGUUCAGAGCGGGCACCUUCAGAAGUCCAGGGAGGGCUACCACGGCAAGUGUGUGGAGCUGGACCGACUCAGAAAGGAGGGAGCACCACAGAAAGAACUGGAGAAGGCGGAGCUGAAGUCUAAGAAAGCGGCAGAGUCGUUCGCGGUGUGUAUUGAGAAGUACAACCGCGUGGGAGGAGAGUUUGAGCAGAAGAUGAGCGAGUCCGCCCAGAAGUUUCAGGACAUCGAGGAGGCCCACCUGCGGCAGAUGAAACAGCUGAUCAAGGGUUACUCCCACUCCAUAGAGGACACCCAUGUCCAGGUGGGACAGGUCCAUGAGGAAUUCAAACAGAACGUGGAAAACAUCGGCAUAGACAACCUCAUCCAGAAGUUUGCAGAGCAGAAGGGCACCGGCAAAGACAGGCCAGCUCUGGUUGGUUUUGAGGAGUACAUGACUGCCUUGGUGCCAGAGGGUGGGAAGAAGAGUCGGGCAAAAGCCUUCAGGAUCCCUGGCCUGGGCAAGAGGGACAAAGAGCCUGACUCCACGGAUUCGGCGGUGACGGAGGCGCCGAACUCACCCCUGGAAGUAGACGACGAGGGAUUUGUCAUCCGAGCUGACAGCAACCAGAAUGGCUGCGCUGAGGAGAAGGAGAACAACUUCUACUCCAGCGACUCGGACUUUGACGACGAGGAGCCCAAGAAGUUCCACAUCCAGAUACGACCGGUGGCCAGCAGCAGCCGCAACAACUCUGCCGCCACCGAGAAGGAGCUGAAAGCCACCGUGGGAGCGCUCACCCUGCCGCCCAACAGAGGGGUGUCAAUCAAGCGGCAUCUCUCCAGAAACUCAAGUACUGCAGGAGGCCGCUCUGAAGGAGAAGGGGAAGGUGCCUCCCACAGGGAUGGAGAGCAGGAGGGCCUACGCAGGUCCACUUCCAGUCCUGAUCACAGCAGGUUGAGUUCUACAGCGUCGGGGUCAGACAGCCUGUUUGGACCUCCGCUGGAGUCAGCCUUCAAGUCCAAAAGCUUCGCUGGUCGAGAACAACUCAGAGAGCAAACCACUUUUGCUGCUUCUGAAUAUGCUGCCUUCUCAUCUGACUCCUCCUCUCCUGACAAUGUGGAAGACUCUGGCCUGGACUCACCUUCCCAUCAGCCCCUGGGGCCCUCUCCUGAACCGACAGGCUGGGCCGCAUGGCCUCCUGCUCCUCAGAGUAAAGAGCAGACGCAAACACUGGGGCGGCCUGCGGAUCCCUUCCUCUCUGCCUUCCGUGACCCCUCCCCAGGACGCAGCCCCCACCCCCAGGACGAUCCUGCAAGCGUCUGGUCGGUUGCCCCGUCCCGCUCCCCUCGGGUGCCCCCGGACAUGGACCCGUUGUCCCUGCACUUCCCUGCGUUCUCUCAGUCCCUGCCCCCACCUGAGAUGGAGGCGUCCGUGUGGAACUGCAAACACAUUCCCCCCGAGGACCCGUUCCUAGCUGCUUUUGAGAGGACUGUCACCCAGGAGACCCCGACCCUGCCUGACGCCUGGGCACCCCCGCCGCCGCGCCCCGCCCGCGAUGGAAGGGGGAUCGAGGUGCGAGGGGACCCAUUCUCAGUCACCCUUGCCGACACCAAAACGCUGCCCGCCCCCACUUCUUCUUCCUCCUCCUCCUCCUCCAAUCGCAAAGAAAGAGACAGGAAACGGGACCGGAGCCUCCCGCCUCCGGUGUGUCCCGAUGACCCGUUCGCCAUCACUAUGAUCGGCAGUCCCACACACCAGUCAUCUCUGGCUGCCGCAGCCGGGAUCCUGCCGCCCCAUAGCAGCAGCAGCAGCAGCAGCACCGGCAAUAUCAAUAGGCUGGUUCCCGACACCAGUUCCAGCUCUUUGCCCCCAUCCCAUCCAAAGAAAGAGCUGAUGCACUGGAACUCUGUCCACAACCCGUUCAGCGAGGGGGUUUCCGGCCCACCGGGAGCUCAGGCCUUGAGCACAUCAGCCCAGGAUGGAGGAGUAAAAGGAGAGGGAGCGGAGAGGCGCAAACAUCGCUCUUCGGAAAGUGAGCCGCGCAGAAAUGCCCCACCCCUCACGCGGCAUUCUGGGCCACAGGAGGACCUCUGUUUUUCGACAGACAAAGACCAAGACUGCCUGGAUCUGAACACUCAGCUACCCUGCAGCAUGAGCUCACACAAGGGUUCCAAGCACGGCUUCAGACAGGACAGCGCUGAAGUGCUCGUGGCUGCUCCCCAUCGUCCAGCCCGGGCCAAGAGGACUUCAGGCCGACUGAGUGGCUGUGAGAGAUCAAGGUCACUGUGCUCCUCCCCCCUGCCGGAGCCCAGCCCUCCCCUCACCUCCUCCUCGUCCUCCAGCCCCAGCGACUGGGGGGGCCAGAACCGAGCCCCCAGCCCUGCCAGAACGGGACAGUCGUCACCGCUGCCCUACCAGCACCAGGAGCACCCGCAGAGACACCUGCACCUGUCACGAGGUCCGAGUCCCAUUUCCCUCAGCACGCAGGAGGCCUGGCCUGUGGCAGCAGCUAUAACAGAGUACAUCAACGCUUACUUCAAGGGUGGACAGCAUAACCGCUGUCUGGUGAAGAUCACGGGCGACUUGACCAUGUCCUUCCCAGCGGGCAUCACCCGGAUUUUCACGGCCAACCCCAACGUUCCUGUACUGAGCUUCAGACUGGUCAACAUCUCCAGGGUCGAUCACUUCCUGCCUAAUCAAAAGCUGCUCUACAGUGAUCCAUCUCAGAGCGACCCGGACACCAGGGACUUCUGGUUCAACAUGCAGGCUCUCCAGCUCUACCUGCAGAGAGAGGCUGAGCUCAACCCGCAGGCCUCCUACUACAACGUCGGCCUGCUCAAGUAUCAGGUGUCGUCCCAGGACCCCGGGCGGGCGCCGCUCCUGCUGUCAGCGGAGUGCCAGCGCAGCGGGACGGUGACGCGGGUGUCCCUGGAUUAUCACUGCUGCCCGGCCACCGCGCCCUCCACCCAGCUGACUGCCGUCCAGGUGCUGCUGCCUUUAGACCACACUGCCACAGACCUGCAGUGCCAGCCGCCCGCAUCCUGGAAUGCUGAGGAAAGACGGCUGCUGUGGAAACUACCCAACCUCUCGCCGACCAACCACAGCAAAGGCUCAGGGACCCUGUGUGCCAGCUGGCAGUGCCUGGAGGUCCCCCGCGGCCCCCCACCCAGCCUGGCUGUUCAGUUUGUGGGCUCCGGGGCCUCGCUGUCGGGCAUAGACGUGGAGCUGGUCGGCAGCCGCUACCGCAUGUCGCUGGUCAAGAAGAGAUUUGCCACAGGGAAGUACAUGGCAGGCUGCUCCUUGUGAACGGUGGAAAGGACCUUCAGAACGCUGAACGGACCACUGUUCGGGGUUCAGAGAACAUAUUGCACUUUCAGCCAUGUGAGUUAGGAGCGGGCUCUCGCUGAGCGGCGGUCUAGACAGAGGAAGACAAAAACAGUGUGAAGACUGAUCAGUGAAAGAUAAGUUGGUAUCACUGGAGACAAGUCACCUUACUCAGACCUACUAGCCUGACCUUCAAGGAAAAUGUGCACUUAACGUCUGAUGGUGUCCUGUCUGCUAUAUUAGGACCAAGCCUUUUCUUGUUCCCCCUUCUUUCCCUCCCUUCCUCCUGGCUCUGCGUUGUACACUCAGUCCUCAUUCCUCUCCGAGUGCUCCCUUCUUCCUGUCCAAUCUCCUCUGCUCUGUUUGCAUUGUGUUCUGUGUGCCUUUGUAUCAACAGACUGAAAACUGGAUGUCAGAACUUUUCUUGAAGUACGGCAAACGUGUAUAUGAAUAAACUUAAGCAUACUGUGUCUUGACCUGAGUUGCCAUGGAAACUAGAAUUUUUAAUUUAUGUAAAUAUGAAAAAAAAAAAUCUCUGGAAGAACAUCCUAAUGGAUUGAAUCAGUCAUUUGUGAGCAAAGAUAAUUACAGUUCUACCAAACCUUGG